ACAAAUUGGAGUUCAUGUUUACUACCUAGUUUUAUGACCACCUUUUUUGACAGAGUAUGGCUUCAGGACAAAGAAAGCGACCUGCCCGUAUUCCACCGCACAAAGUGGCAAAGAAUUGGUGUGUCUUGGGCAAAGACCAGAGUGGAUUUACCAAGACAUUUAUCAAAGAUGAUAUAGGAUAUGGCCUUGUGACCACAAGACCCUUUUUCAAGGGAAACUUUCUUCUGGAGUACCGUGGAGAUCUGACCAUUGCUCCUGAUGAAGAUGAAGAGAAUGUGGACUAUGUUUUCCAUUUUUCUCACAAUAAUACAAAGUAUCGUAUUGAUGCGUCAGAGGAAGAUUCAUGCCUGGCAAGGUGGGUGAAUGACGAUCACAUCCACCCAAACUGUGUAAUUAAGAAAGUCACAUUCAACCAGUCAAGUGGUUCUAGCCUUCCACAUCUGUGCUUAUUUGCAUUAGUGGAUAUUAGACCUGGUGCUGAAUUGAGAUACGAUUAUGGCGUUGACAACUUACCAUGGCGACAGGAGGAUGCUGCCAGACAGAGGGAACGUGAGACGGCAGAGCAAUUGGUGAAUACAGCAGAACGGAAACGUUUGAGAGAGGAGGCUGAGUGGGAGGCCGAGAAACGAAAGAGGGAAGAACGAGUUAGACAAGAAGAGGAGGAACAGAGGAGGACGGAGGAAGAAGAAGAAAGGAUUAGGGAUUUGAAAAUUCAGUCACAGUCAUAUACACCGGAUAGUGAAGAAGAAAGUGAAGAAGAAUUCUUCCCAAGAAGUUUGAGAAACAAGACUUCUAAUAGGGAAAUUAACUCCAACAGACAACAGAAAAAAGUGGCACCUGUGAUGGUUGAAAGUGACAGUGAGAUCAACUCCAAUGGAAAGAGGAAAUUGGUAGAAAGUGAAGGUGAUAUCAAGUCUAACCGAAAACUGGGAAAAAAAGCACCUGCGAUAGUAGAAAGUGACAGUGACAAAGAAGAUGAGCCAUAUGUGGCACCUGUGAUGGUUGAAAGUGACAGUGAGAUCAACUCCAAUGGAAAGAGGAAAUUGGUAGAAAGUGAUGGUGAUAUCAAGUCUAACCAAAAACUGGGAAAAAAAGCACCUGCGAUAGUAGAAAGUGACAGUGACAAAGAAGAUGAGCCAUAUGUGGCACCUGUGAUGGUUGAAAGUGACAGUGAGAUCAACUCCAAUGGAAAGAGGAAAUUGGUAGAAAGUGAUGGUGAUAUCAAGUCUAAUCGAAAACUGGGAAAAAAGGCACCUGCGAUAGUAGAAAGUGACAGUGACAAAGAAGAUGAGCCAUAUGUAGCUGCAUCAAAUACAAAACCCAACGGACCAAGGAAAUGGGAUUCAUAUUCAUACUGUCUAUAUUGCGGUAAGAAGCAGUCACAGCUUAAACGCCAUCUGUUACGAAAGCACACAGAUGAGUCAAUGGUUGCAGAAGCCCAGGCAACAGUUGAUGAUAACAGAAAAACGCAAAUAUGGUCAAAAAUAAAGAAAUUAGGGGACUUUGAGCACAAUCAAAAGGUACACAUUGGAGAAGCAAUGGAUUUAAAAGUAACAAAGAGGCCUAAAUAUAAAGCGAAAUAUGAUGUGAAUGAUUACGUCCCAUGCUCUUAUUGUUACGGAUAUUACCAUAUUCAUUCCCUGUACAUUCACAGAAAAAAUUGUAAAGCAAAAGAUGGAAGCAAGAACAAUGCAACAAACAAAAACAUGCAUGUGAAAAGUGGUAGAGCUCUUAUACCUAUGAAGCAUAGCACAACAAGUCAAUGUCGCAGAGCAGUUGAUUCAAUGGGUUGCAAUGAUAUAUCACUAAUAAUAAAAAAUGAUCAAGACAUCCUUGGUGUUGGACAGAAUCACUUAGGAAAAAGCAAUUCUGCUAAGAAGGAAGAAACAUGCAGAGAAAAAAUGAGGACAGUCGCAAAAAUUCUACAAGCAGCAAGAAGCAUUGACACAAGUAUUGUAAAUGCGUCAGACAUGCUUACUCCUAGCAAAUUUGAUACUGUAGUUAAGGCUUCUCUUUUUGUAAGCAAAUAUGAUGAAGGCACACAAAAACAUGGGGCAUACUCUACUGCUCUCAAGCUUGGACCAUUUCUUAAAGUCCUGGUGGUGGUUGUCAGGGGCAAGUAUUCCAGACAACAUAUGGAAGACCAUGUGAAGACGGUCAAUGAAUUUGAAAGGUUGCUUGUUGAUGAGUGGAACAUUCAUGUGACUUCCUCUGCACUGCAGCAGCGCACCGAGAAGAAUUGGAAAAACCCUAGGACACUGCCUCUCACACAAGAUGUUGUUAAAUUUAACAAGUAUCUUGCAGAAACAGAGAAAGAAAUAAAGACAGACAUAGAAGAAGCUGGCAUGUCACCAGAUCUAUACAGAGAUUUGGCCAAUGUAACUCUAGCGCAAAUUGUAACAUACAAUAGAAGACGACCUGGGGAAGUAGAAAGAAUGAAAGUAGAUGAAUACAGAGAGCAGAUCACCAAGACUGACAUAUGCCAUGAUGAAAUUUUCAAGACUCUCACAAUGUCAGAGAAGGCAGCAAUGAAUCGGCUGAAGAUGGUAAAGGUCAGAGGCAAGAGAGGAAGGGGAGUUCCAGUCUUUUUGACUGAAAACACAAAACAGAGUGUGGAUAUGAUAAUAGACUACCAUGACCAAAGGCAAAGAGAUGAUGAGCCACGCAGAUACAUAUUCUCUCGAGCAUGUGACACUGCUAGUACUCCGUACAGAGCCUGUGACGCAAUGAAAACACUUACUGAUAAGGCAGAUCUUAUCAAGCCAGAAAAUGUCAGGUGUACACGACUACGGAAACAUAUAGCAACUACGUCCCAGCUGCUGAACUUAAAUGAUCAUGAGUUAGAGCAGUUGGCCAAUAUGAUGGGUCAUGAUGUUCGUAUUCAUCGAGAAUAUUACAGACUUCCGCAAGAUGUCCUGCUGUUGGCAAAGGCUAGCAAACUACUCACAAUAUCUGCAAAAGGUGAAAUGCACAAAUAUGCUGGAAAGUCACUUGAGGAAAUUGAGCGGAGUCCAGACGACACUGUAGAUCUAGAUGAAACCGACCAAACAAUGUCGGGAGACACACAGACUGAAUAUAGUGAUGAAGAGACUGGACCUCGUGAUGUAGACAAGAGCCCUGGAGUAAACGAUGCAGAAACAGUAGUUAGUGACAGUGAAGAGUCUGAAGUCUUUGAAGAGGUAAGCAGACGUACCCAAGCAAAAGUAAAGCGUGUAGGCAGAAAAUACAACAGGUGGACAGAUGAACAGACACAAUAUCUCAAAUCCAGGGAAGAAGUCAAGAAAAUGUUGAAGACUAAAACUGUGCCAGGAAAACUGGUUGGAUUACAAAUCAUACAAAAGAGUAAGGGACUGCUGAAAGACAAGAACUGGAAAGAAGUUAAAUUCAAAGUCCAUACUUUAAACCAACUUGAAAGGAAGAGGUUGCAGAAGAAGGAAAAGAUGUAUGUGAAAAAGUAAGCAGGGUGUUGUGGAUGGACCUCUCCUUUGACAGCUGAAUUAAUUGCGACAUACCUGCAUUUUGUACCAUUUUUUCUUUUUUGUUUGUAUUGAAG